AUGGCCACCGCCGACGCCUCCACCGCCAGCGUGCCCCACCCCGUCACCGCCGCCGACCCCUCCGACGCCGCCGCGCACCCCCCCGUCGCCAAGAGGCGGGGCAGCUACAACUGCGGCCGCUGCGGGCUGCCCAAGAAGGGCCACGUCUGCUCCAUCCCCGGCCCGCCCUCCGCCGCCGCCGAGUCCAAGCCCAGGCGCGCGCUCUCCUUCGACGAGGCGGCGGUCCUGACGGUCGCGCCCUUGGCGGUGGCGGCCCCGCCGCGCCCGCCGGAGAAGAGGGCCCGGGUGGAGGUGGUGGACGUGGACGGGCCGGACCCGGAGGAGGCCGCUGCCCACCACCGGUGGGUCGCGGUCGGGCCGGGCAGGCGCGUGCCCGGGGAGGUCCUCAUCGAGGUGCUCCGCCGCCUGGCCCCGCGCGGCGUGGCCGCCGCCGCCGCCGUCAGCCGCGGCUGGCGCGACUGCUCGCGCCGCGUCUGGCGCGGGGCCCAGGAGGUCCGCCUCCGCGCCGCCAGCGUCACCACCGUCGGCGCGCUGCUCCCGCGCUGCCCCGCGCUCUCCAGCCUCGUGCUCCGGAUGGAAAGUGAUGUUGACGCCACCAUGCUUGCAUGCCUUGCAUUUUCCUGCCCAAACCUGCAAUCUCUGGAGAUAAGCAUGGCUGAUGGUGCAGUCAACCGGAUGACUGGGGAUGAGCUAACUAGGUUUGUUUCGGAGAAGAGGUCUCUCACAGUUCUCAAAGUUGAUCGAUGUGGUAGUCUUGGUUUUCUUAAUAUAAGCUCUCCAAGCCUCACAACCCUUUGGCUGUCAGAUCUUUCUCCCCUAACAAAGUCGGUCAUUAACUGUCCUAAUUUGAGUGAGCUCUCACUGAUUUUUUCGCAACAAAAUAAUGAUGAUUCUACCGAUCUGAUUAGUCUGAUGGAUAGUCUGGGACGUACCUGCUCAAAUUUAAGAAACCUGCACAUCUCCUCAGUUCACUUAUGCAAUGAGGCUGUGUUUGCUCUUGGUAGUGCUAAUCCCAGUGGAUUAUGCAUGCUUUCAUUGCUUCUAGGCAAAAAAAUAACAGAUGCAGCUGUUGCAUCUAUUGUUCGUUCGUAUACGAGCUUGGAGUUGCUUGAUUUAAGCGGAUCUGGUAUUACUGAUAAUGGGAUUGGGAUGGUCUGCAAAGCAUUCCCUGAUACUCUAACUCGGCUGCUCCUUGCUAUGUGCCCAAAUAUUACCUCAUAUGGAGUCCAGGUGGCUGCAACACAGUUGCCACUUCUUCAGCUCAUGGACUGUGGGAAGAGCUUAUGUGCUAACACGCAGCCUGAAAAAGGGAGAUCAUACUUUGGUGAUCUCAAUGGAGGGGUUAGGUUUUGCUCAAAACAACAAACUGCCCGGAAGCAACAACCUACUUUCCAAAAGCUGAUUAUAAAGCAUGCUAAUCUGAAAAAGCUAAGUCUUUGGGGCUGCUCGGCGGUAGAUGCCCUAUAUGUAUGUUGCCCAGAGCUGAAUGAUCUGAACCUCAACUCUUGCACAAAUCUCAAUCCAGAGCGGUUGCUUCUUCAGUGUCCAAACUUGAAAGAUGUUCAUGUGUCUGGAUGCCGUGAUAUGUUGAUCGGAGCAAUCAGAAACCAGGUUCUGAAUGAAUUUGCUGGAGCAGAGCCUCGCAUGCCCUGCAAGCGCCUAGCGGAUGGCUCGAAGCGGGUGCAAGUCCCGCACUUCAUGAUAGAGCAGCUGUUUGAGGAUGACAAGGCCGGAGGAUCACCGCGGAGCCAAUGCACUGUUCAUCUGAAGUGAAGCAAUGUAGUCACUUGCAGAGGUGGGUGAAUAGCUAGCAGUCCUAUUUGGUCGACAUGAAAGGAAGAUUAGUGAGGCUGUAAUGUAGAAGGCUGGUUGAGAUCUCACAUAAUUUGGUUGGUAGCCUGAUGUUGUAAACUGUACAAGAUUCUUGCUCUUUGUUUUUAUGUGAUAUUUUCUUUCUUCCCAACUGAUUUCUGUAGGACAAUA